AAGAUGAUAUAAUGAUCCGAAGCAGGCAAGCAUCAAUUCACCUUUGGAAAAAUAUAAUAUACUCCAAGUGAAAAUGAUGAGUGAACUAGUGCAAGUGAAACCAAAGGGAAAGGUUAUAAGCAUUCUUGCCAUAGAUGGGGGCGGCGUUAGGGGAAUUAUUCCAGGCACCAUUCUUGCUUUUCUUGAAGCUCAGCUCCAGAAAAUUGAGGGCAACCCAAAUGCGAGGAUAGCAGACUACUUUGAUGUGAUAGCAGGAACCAGCACUGGGGGGCUUGUGACUGCAAUGCUUACCACGCCUGGGGAUAAUGGCCUUCCUCUAUUUUCCGCCGCCGAUGUUCCCGCAUUCUAUGUGAACGAGUGUCCUCGUAUCUUCAAAAAAACAUCCGAAGCAAAAACAGGCUUUGUGACGACAUCCUUAGUCACCACAAACGGUGCUAGUUCUGAGCAAAGCCCCAGCUUUGAGUUGCCUCAGUUUUCGGCAGAAGAUAUCCCUGACUUUUACAAGCAGGUCCGGCCUCAUAUAGCGCCACUUCAAACGUCCGUAGACAAAGCCAAUAGUCCCAAUACCAUACCUAAUACGACGUUGUUUGCGUUUCCGAAUUUAGAUAUUGGUGAAUGGUUCAAGAAUCUAGGAUUUAGUGUGUGGCACCUAAUUGAGUUCGUUUACAAGAUGGCUUUCCAUCCUAUGUACGAUGGUGUGUACUUGCAUUCGAAGAUCAAAAACAUGAUUGGAGACAUCAAGCUUAACCAAACGCUCACUAACGUUGUUAUCCCGACUUACGACGUUCAUCACUUGAAACCUGUCAUCUUCUCUUCUUUCCAGGCAAGGAAGGAGGCGUCAAAGAACCCAAAACUCACAGAUGUUUGCAUUGCCACGUCAGCAGCACCAAUUUACUUACCUCCUCAUAGCUUUGAGCUGCAAUCAUCUCAAGGGAUUGAGAAGUUCAACCUGGUCGAUGGCGGAGUUGUCGCCAACAAUCCUGUGCUGGUGGCUAUAUCGGAGGCAGCAAAAGCUUAUAAUGUCCGUCCACUGCCAGAGAAUUUCAGGAUCCUAUCAUUGGGGACAGGGUCAUGUACAGGCACUGAAAUGGCUGAAGUCGGCGACACUAGUAGUUGGGGCGCCGUCAGGUGGUUGUUGUUUCCGGAUAACACUCCUCGCAUCACUGAUGUUUUCAUGAGUGGCAAUUCUAGUAUGGUUGACACUUACACUUCUCUUCUCUUUGGUGACGGAGCCACUUCCGGCCCGGAAAAUUUUCUUAGAAUCGAAUACCAAGGGCUGAAAUAUAAUGAAUGUCUGGUUGAUGACGGUAGCAAAGAUUAUCUUCAAAAGUUGGAACAGUUUGCUAAUGAUCUGCUUAAGGAUCCCGUUUCCAGUCUGACCGGUCCCAACACUCUUGAGCUCACAAACGAAGAGGCUCUCAUUUCGUUUGCUCGUAACUUGGUGAGGGACAAGUUUCACGCAUGAAUGUGAUGAUAUGUACGAACAGUGUGGUACAAAUAAGGGCCUGGCCGGCAGAGUGGGAUCCAAAUUUCCAAAAUAAGACGCAUGUCAUCUUGCUUUUGUGUCAUUUUCAGCAAUAAUGUUGUAAAAUCGUGUAGUGAAAAAUAAAUAAAGCUACUAUCUCGAAUCAAAGCUAAGUACUUUUUCGGGUAGCAGCAGAUCGAUCAUAAUGAACAAGUCCAGUACGUACUAGCAGCUUUGAGCAAGGAUAGUAGGAUGUUCAUCCAGCUUAGCUAGCUACGUGAUGUAUUUGAUAUAUAUGUAUCAAUGAACGUCUCCUCAAAAAAAAAAAAAUCUUGAUUUGAUAUAUCACAUACCAAAUCUUGAAUGUGAGUUCCUAGUCUUACUACUUCAAUUCCCACGUUCCAAAUCACAUACCAUUUGACGUCUCAACUAUAUCGAUCAUUUUUUGUUAGCCUGCCUGAAUUGAAGUUAUAGUACGUGCUUUUCUAGCUAUAAAUGUACACAUUAUCUAAUCUAAUGUAUUCC